AUGUACUUUUUAGACGUAGAUUUUUCAGAAAAUUACACGAAAAAGUCCAUUUUGAGCAUCAAUGACCCGAUAAUUGAGCUUGAAGAACUACAAGAUGUCGAUACAGCAACUGACGGAGUCAUUCCCGCCCGCAAUUCAAGUGCUUAUCAAAUAUUUUUCCUCGAAACAAGUUAUCCGGAAGGAGGUUUCCUGAAUAUUACACCGCGAGAAGCCUGCGCUGUGGAAUCUGCUGCUAAAAUGCAUCCGCAUCAUAAUAUUUAUCUACUUUUUGUGGGAAAUAUUACCAUAAAUUCUGCUUUAAAUUGCACUAAAAUUGUGAAAAACGUUCUAAGAGAUAAUCCAAAUGUGUUUUUAAGGAAACUCGAUUACGUUGAAUUCAGCAAAGGAACACCCAUGGAGGAUUUUUUCAAGAAAAAUAAAAAUUUUAAAGAGUCAAAGUUCUUUAAAACGCAUCUGGCGGAUAUGCUGCGACUUAUUACGCUGUAUAAAUACGGCGGUUUGUAUUUCGACUUGGAUGUCGUCGUUUUAAAAAACUUCGAAGAGUUGGGCGAGAAUUUUGUAGCACGAGCUGAGGGCCCUUUUAUGAUGAGUGGCACGUUGCAAUUCUCAAGUAAAGGUAUUGGACAUAUUUUUGCUGAGAAUUGCUUAAAGGACCUGGCGAAACAUUAUCGUCCUGGAAUAUGGGGAGCCCAGGGUCCUGAAUUGAUCACGCGGCAAAUGAAGCGAAUUUGUGGUGUAAAUUCCGUAAAUGACAUGACCGUGGAACGUUGCAAAGGCAUUAAAAUAUUCGAAAGAUCAAAAUUUUUGCCUGUUCCGUAUACAAAUCAUAAAAAAUAUUUCGCACCAAAGUUGACAGCUCGAAUGGUAAAACAUGUGGAAAAGAGUUCCUUCACUGCGCACAUUUUCAGUAAGAUGAAUCGGCAUUUUAAGUUGUUCAAAGGCGAUAAAGCUGCGUAUUUGUCAUUAGCGGAGAAGUAUUGCCCGGUGGUUUAUAACACGCUCGAUGUUGGAGAUCCUUUUUAG